CAGUCCCGGAAGUGACGCAGUAAGAUAGCGGAGUGACAGGAGGCAGCAGGUACCGGGGGUUGUUCCUCCGGUUUCCCGGUGUUAACAGCACUGUGCUUUUCGGCCUGUGACAGCCGUGAUGGGCGGCACCGGAUCCAGAGCGGCGCGGGGUCUGUGGCCUUUCUCGUCACAGGGACCCGAGAGCCCCGGCAACAACACCGAACAGAGCGUGGCCCGGAUUCGUAAGGCCACGCCAUUCAUCUUUAGCCGGCGCGGCUCCAUGUACUUUGAUGAGGACGGAGACCUUGCGCACGAAUUCUACGAGGAAACGAUUGUGACCAAGAACGGCCGAAAGCGAGCAAAACUGAAACGGAUACAAAAGAACCUGCGACCCCAGGGCACCAUCAUGUUAGAACAUCCGUGCAUCCAUGUGGACUUCCCCGUCGUCCUAUGUGAGGUCUGACACUGCCGCCCUCGCCUGCCAUGCUGCGCCCUCCUCUACCAACCUUUGCACCCUGUGCUGUGCUCCUGAGAUGGAGCCGGAAGAGAGUGAUGGAGGAGGCACAGGGACUUCUGACUGGUAUGUGCAGAGACGAUGCCUGGGCAGUGAAUAGAGACAAUUAACCCACGCUCUGCCAGGGACGACGAGAUCACUGCUGGGGUGCAGUGUUCUGCGGUCGCGCUGGUCUGUGGGCUGCUGGACCUUUCUCUCUUCUCGCUUUAAUACUGACCAGGGUCUGCACUGUCCUAACUUCAGUCCUCUUCGGGGGGGACGCGGACGCAGCUGCCCAGCGCACCAGGCACGUAGCAUAGAUACCAGCCUGGCACCAUCUAGGAGAUACGUUGUUGAGUCUUCUGGCCUCAGUGGUCUUAAUAUUAUCCAGCACAUAUAGAGUCGGCCUCUGCUGCACAGUGUGUGACCUGCCUGUUCCCUGGUGAGGGGGCGCUCUGCACUGUGGGGGGUGCGCUCGUCUCUCCUGCCAUGCACUGUUGAUGCAGGAAAUUCCCGGGUACAAUCACUUGUAUGUAAGGGUGGGCAUGCCGCCUCCGACUAUUUAUUACAUGUAUGUUUUAAUUUUGUGUUCUGUACUCUUCAGCUGUGAAGCGCCCCGCGUCCCGAUCAGUCUGUGACAUUGGGAGAUAUCCGGGGCGCUGGGAAUCUUCUCCCCAAUAAAACCUAUGUUUGUAGGUUGGA